AUGGGAACGUACUUCGUUUCUGUUUCUAGUCCGCUCCUCCUCUCAAUCUUCGCAAUAAGUUAUGCCUCUGGGUCGGACCCCAAACGGGUCAUCACGAAUCUCAUUCAUCGCGAUUCGGUUCUCUCUCCAUACUAUAACCCGAAAGACACCAUAGCUGAUCGCGUCGAGCGAUCCCUCGAGAUCUCGGCUGCACGUUUAGCCUACUUUCAGGCAAAGUCGUCCCUUGACGUGACGAGGGACUUGCGCUUUGAUCUCAUCCCUUCGUUUCCGAUGAUCUUCGUGAACUUCUCCCUUGGGGACCCGCCGGUUCCACAGCUCACAGUUAUGGACACCGGGAGCAACCUCCUGUGGGUCCAAUGCGUCCCUUGCAAGAAUUGCUCUCAAACUAGUCCAUUGAUCUUUGAUCCAAUCAAGUCAUCUACUUAUUCCAAAGUUCCUUGCAACACUUCCUACUGCAAGGUCGUGCCGGGUGGUCGGUGUGGGUCAUCGGAUCAGUGCGUGUAUAACCAGACGUAUUACGAUGGGCCAUCUUCGAAAGGAGAACUAGCUAGAGAGCAGUUGAUGUUCAGAACAUCCGAUGAUGGCACUGUGGCCGUGUCCAAUGUUGUCUUUGGUUGUGGACACGAGAACGGAAAGUACUGGGACGAGAAAUUCACGGGUGUCCUGGGGCUAGGCAGCCAACUUAUAUCUGUGCCAUCAAGGCUCGGCUCCGGUUUCUCGUAUUGCAUUGGCAAUUUGUUCGACCAGCAGUAUGCUUAUAACAAGUUGAUUUUAGGCGAGGGGGCGAUAAUCGAGGGGGACUCGACCCCUGUGAAAAUUAUUGAUGGACUUUAUCAUAUCACUCUCGAGGGCAUAAGUUUCGGGGAGAAAAUGCUCGAUAUAGACCUCGGGGUAUUCAGUCACCGGACCCAGAGGAUUGGCAAUUCGAUCAUCGACUCUGGGACUACAGUCACUUGGCUGGUGCUGGGGGCAUACAAGGCACUCUUCGAUGAGGUCAAGGGCCUAUUGGAGGGUGUACUAGAAAUAGUCGACCGCAAACCGUUGAGACUUUGCUACCAGGGCUCGGCGAGCCGAGACUUGGUAGGGUUUCCAGCGGUGACUUUUCAUUUUAUCGAUGGGGCCGAGCUAUCCCUGGACACGGGGAGCCUGUUCUACCAAGCAGGGGAUGUGUUCUGCAUGGCUAUUGCCCCGAGUGAAUUCGAGGGGCUGUCAAUCAUCGGGCUGAUGGCCCAACAGUACUAUAACGUCGCCUACGAUGUUGCAGGGGCCAGGGUAUACUUUCAGAGGAUCGAGUGUGCACUCCUCGACGAUUGA